UUGCAACCCGCGUUUCAGGAACCAGUUGAUAUUGAAAAAGGUCUGCUGCCGGAACAACAAAGCCGAAUCGCCAAAAGCUUGCAGUUCGACGGGAAAAAAACUCAGCUGGCAGCGGAGCAAAUUAAGCGGCUAUACGAUCUCUUUAUCGGUGUCGAUGCAACCCAGGUGGAAAUAAAUCCAUUUGUUGAGACAGCCGACGGAUUACCAUACUGCGUUGAUGCCAAACUGAAUUUUGAUGAUAGCGCAGCGUUCCGACAUCCGGAUAUCUUUCAAAUGGAAAGCCUCGACAAUAUCGAUCCCCGAGAAGCACAAGCAAAAGCGAACAAUCUUAAUUAUAUACCGCUGGAGGGCAACAUUGGAUGCCUUGUGAAUGGUGCUGGCCUUGCGAUGGCAACAAUGGACUUGAUUAAAUUGCACGGCGGCGAUCCGGCUAAUUUUUUGGAUGUUGGUGGCGGAGUAACCGAAGACCAAGUGACCGCUGCUUUUAACGUUAUUAUGACCGAUCCACAGGUUAAAGCAAUUCUUGUGAACAUUUUUGGUGGUAUCGUGAACUGCGCGACAGUUGCAAAAGGCCUCAUUGCAGCGUUCAACAAAACUGGCCUGAAGAUUCCAAUGGUUGUACGCUUGGAAGGAACAAAUGUGAAAGCAGCACAAGAAUUGUUGCAGAAUAGCAAUCUUCCAAUCAUCGCAGCGGAUAGUUUCGAGGAUGCUGCUAAAAGAGCUGCAGCGUGUGUCAGUUCAUCUUGA